AACCCAAGAAAUCUAUUUCAGAAAAACAGAAGAAAUUACUGAACUAUGAGUGCGGAGCUGAAGAGGGACUACGAGAUCGGCGAGGAAAUCGGUCGCGGCCGCUUCGGGGUGGUCCACCGCUGCACGUCCCGCGCCACCGGCGAGGUCUUCGCCGUCAAGUCCGUGGACCGUUCGCAGCUGGCCGACGACCUCGACCGCGAGCUCGCGCUGAUGGAGCCGAAGCUGGCCCAGCUCGCCAGCGCGGGCAACCCCGGCGUGGUGCAGGUGCACGCGGUGUACGAGGACGAGGCGUGGACGCACACGGUGAUGGACCUGUGCACGGGCCCGGACCUGCUCGACUGGAUGGGCCUCCGCCGCGGCGCGCCGGUGCCGGAGCCCGUGGCGGCCGCCAUCGUGGCGCAGGUCGCCCAGGCGCUGGCGCUGUGCCACCGCCGCGGGGUGGCGCACCGCGACGUCAAGCCCGACAACAUCCUCAUCGACGCCGCCGCCGAGGAGGACGAGGAGGACGGCCGCGGGGCGGCGCCGCGCGCGCGCCUGGCGGACUUCGGGUCCGCGGCGUGGGUGGGCGCGGGGGGCCUGGGCCGCGCGGAGGGGCUGGUGGGGACGCCCCACUACGUGGCCCCCGAGGUGGUCGCCGGCGGCGAGUACGGCGCCAAGGCCGACGUGUGGAGCGCCGGGGUGGUGAUGUACGCGCUGCUGUCCGGCGGCGCGCUCCCCUUCGGCGGCGAGAGCGCCGCGGAGGUGCUGGCGGCCGUGAUGCGCGGCAUCUUGCGGUUCCCGCCCAGGCUGUUCGGCGGCGUGUCCCCGGCGGCCAAGGACCUGAUGCGGCGCAUGAUCUGCCGCGACGAGUGGAGGAGGUUCACCGCCGAGCAGGUCCUCGCUCACCCGUGGAUCGUGACCGGCGGCGGAGCCCGGGCAAUGGAGCAGCCGUAGAGAUACGGCGACGGAUAACCGAGAACGUUGUGUAUACGGUUUUGUACGUACGGACCAGGGACGUUAGGAGAGUGAUGAGUUUGUAGCAUAGUACUGUACGCUGCCGCCGGCUGCAGAGUAGCAUCGCAUCCCCGCCGGUGCCGUCGCAGCAGAGCAGGUCGAUCGGCGACGAAGCUUCUAGGCUUCUGGUUUUCUUGUCCCGGUCUUUGGGAUGCUCUUCUGCCUAACAGUAACAGAGCGCCCUCUCGGCUUUCGGCCUUUUUUUUUUGGAACUAGCUGGGUGUAUAUACACUGACCGUCUUGUAUAAAUGGAGCUUGAAUAAUAAACGGAGCCGGCCCUCGCGCUCCCUUUCCAUA